AAUGGAUUAAUAUAAAAUAGUGAAGCGAUUGGGAGAUGGAACUUAUGGAUGCGUCUACAAAGCAACAAACAUAAAUACAGGACAAAUAGUUGCUAUAAAAAAGUUUAAAAAAAAAUAUACGUCUUGGGAUGAAUGUGUAAACCUUAGAGAAGUAAAAGCAUUAUAAAAAUUAAAACAUCCCAAUGUGAUUAAAUUAGUUGAAGUAUUUAAAGAAAAGGAUGAAUUGAAUUUAGUUUUUGAAUAUUUAGAUAAGGAUAUUUAUCAACAAUAUUUAGAAAAUCAAAAUAAUGGAAAGCAUUUGUCGGAAGAUAAGAUUAGAUCUGUAAUAAAAUAAGUAACUGAAGGUUUGGCCUAUAUGCACAAAGUAGGAUAUUUUCAUAGGUAAUUGAUACUUAUAUUGUAGAGAUCUAAAACCCGAAAAUCUUUUAGUCUCAGGAGAAACAGUUAAAAUAUGUGAUUUUGGAUUAGCUAGGGAAAUAAGAUCAAAACCACCAUAUACAGAUUAUGUAGCUACAAGGUUAAUAAUUUUUAUAAUUUUUAGAUGGUAUAGAGCCCCUGAAAUCUUAUUGAAAUCUCCAAAUUAUAACUCACCAGUUGACAUAUUUGCAUUAGGUUGUAUAAUGGCUGAACUUUACACUCUCAAACCAUUAUUUAAUGGGAGUUCAGAAUUAGAUUAGAUCUUUAAGCUUUGUCAGACACUUGGUACACCAAAUGUUAGAGAUGUAUUUAUAUUUAACAUUAAUAUUGUAGUGGCCUGAAUCUUAAAAAUUAGCUAAUGCAGCUAACAUUACAUUUCCAACUUAUACUCCUGUCUAGUUAGAAAAAAUCAUACCAAAUGCUUCAUCUGAAGCACUAGAUCUUAUAAGAGAUAUGUUGAAGUAUGAUCCUUAGAAAAGACCUUCUGCUAAAUAGAUUUUGGAAUAUCCUUAUUUCACCAAUCAUUUUUUUCCUAUGAUUUAAUAAAUUGAAAAUAAAUAGGAAUUCUCAAAAAUAGAUAGAAUGGAAAGACAUGAAAAACAAGAAGAUAUAUUUGAAUUACCUAAAGUCAAUAACAAAGAAAAUAGAAAUAAAAUGAAUGAAUCUAAUUCUAACUUUUUAGACUUGUUAGAAUAAAAAAUGGCUGAAUAUGAAAGACCUGUAAAAAAGGAAAUCUCAAUACAUAAGAGUAGUGUAAAAGAAUCCAAAGAAUUUCAAAUGUAAAAAGAUUAUAGAGAAUCAAAUCUACCUAUGAUAUAAAGUAAUCAACCUAAAGAAUAUCUUAUGUCUAAAGAUUACAAUUAAAAUGACUCAUUAGAUCCUAGAAUAGAUUCAAGAAAUAAAAAAGGUUAAGCAGGUUUAAAAUUCUUAAGACACAAUGAUCCUAUAGGAGAACAACUAAGAAAUUAAUAAUAAUUGAGUAUCCAAUAAUCAAGAUCAUAUGAGCCAACCAAAAGAAAUAUUUAUGAUUUUAAUCUCUUAUAAUUGCCUAUAGCCAAACCUAGUUUUCAACCUAAACUGGAAAUGCCCAAAUAGAAUAAAAAUUAAAUGCUUGGAUAAAAUUAUCCUAAGUCAUUGCCUAUUGCUCCAAAUAUGGGAUAUAAGUAUCAAUAACAAUAACAAUAACAAUAAUAACAAUAUAAAUUUGAUGAUCUCUUAUAUGGUAAGCCUCCGCUUAAAUAGUAUUAUUGAU